GUCAGUGGCUAGUGAUUCACAGUCAGAUUAGGUGGAGUGGGAGGAACUAAAAUUAUCUUACAAAUUCCCCACAGGGUGGAGUUUGAACAGUUAGUUGCAUUUCUCACUUUAAAGUCUGGUCUAUACAGUUAUAAGAAACUGUUGAAUGGCUCACUGAGAAAUUCUGGAAUCUGAAGAACACAUCAGAAUCUGGAACAAUUUAUGAUGGAGCCUUUACCUCUUGAGCUGCCAGCAGACACUGUGCAUCGUCUUGCGGCUGAACUACACUGUCACCCAGAAGACCAGAGGGUGGCCCUCCGACUGGAUGAGGAAGAUAAAUUGAGACAUUUCAGGGAAUAUUUCUAUAUUCCCAAGAUGCAAGAUCUGCCUCCAAUUGACUUAUCUUUAGUGAAUAAGGAUGAAAAUGCCAUCUAUUUCGUGGGAAAUUCUCUUGGCCUUCAACCAAAACUGGUUAAGACAUAUCUGGAAGAAGAACUUGAUAAAUGGGCCAAAAUAGGGGCCUAUGGUCAUGAUGUAGGCAAACGACCUUGGAUUACAGGGGAUGAGUGUAUUGUGGGCCUUAUGAAGGACAUUGUAGGAGCCAGUGAGAAGGAAAUAGUCCUAAUGAAUGGUUUGAGUGUUAAUUUGCAUCUUCUAAUGCUCUCAUUUUUUAAACCCACGCCAAAACGACAUAAAAUUCUUCUAGAAGCGAAAGCCUUCCCUUCUGAUCACUAUAUUAUUGAGUCACAGCUUCAACUUCAUGGACUUAAUGUUGAGCAAAGUAUGCGACUACUAAAGCCAAGAGAGGGGGAAGAUCUCUUAAGAAUGGAGGAUAUUCUUGACAUUAUUGAGAAGGAAGGGGAUUCCAUCGCAGUGAUCAUGUUUAGCGGCGUCCACUUUUAUACUGGACAGAUCUUCAACAUGCCUGCCAUUACUAAAGCUGGACAAGCUAAGGGCUGUUUUGUUGGCUUCGAUCUAGCACAUGCCGUUGGAAACAUUGAACUCCACUUGCAUGACUGGGGUGUGGAUUUUGCCUGCUGGUGUUCCUAUAAGUAUUUAAAUUCAGGUGCAGGAGGUCUUGGUGGAGCCUUUGUCCAUGAAAAACAUGCCUAUACAAUUAAACCUGCGUUAGUGGGAUGGUUUGGCCAUGAACUGAGCACUAGAUUUAAAAUGGAUAACAAACUAAAAUUAAUCCCAGGAGCCAGUGGAUUCCGAAUUUCAAAUCCACCCAUGUUAUUGGUCUGCUCUUUGCAUGCUAGUCUGGAGAUCUUUCGGGAAGCAACUCUGAAAGCAUUGAGGAGAAAAUCUAUUUUGCUUACUGGCUAUUUGGAAUAUUUGAUCAAACAUUACUAUAGCAAAGAUAAAUCAGAAACCAAGGAACCAACGGUGAACAUAAUUACUCCAUCACACAUAGAGCAUCGGGGCUGUCAGUUAACACUAACAUUUCCUAAUUCUGACAAAAAUAUGUUUGAAGAACUAUCAAAAAGGGGAGUGGUUUGUGACAAGCGAGAACCAAAUGGCAUUCGAGUGGCCCCCGUUCCUCUCUAUAAUUCUUUUCAUGAUGUUUAUAAGUUUGUCUGCCUACUCACUUCUAUAAUUCAACCUGCAAAAGCAAGGAACUAGCAAUGGUUUCUACAGUGACUUGAUAAAUUAUUACAAAAAGCUACAGUGGUUAUUUUACUAUAAUUGAAUUUUAAUUAGUAAAGGAAUUGAAAAGUUUAUUGUAUAUAACCAUUACUAAACCAUAUGUUUUAGAGAAAAAUCUGAUACCUUUUCCCCAAAAGGAAUGCACAUAGAUGUUCAGGUUCUUGGGAUUUAAAGGAACAAAAUUCUCACGGCACGACCAUUAAAUUUGGAGAUUUAAAUAGGGGUCAUUUUUCAUAAUCACUGAAAUGUUUUCAACUGGAUUAUUUCAAAAUUUGGCUAAUAACUUCAUAUAUUGAUUUCGUGCAUCAAUAUUUGAAAGCACUUUACUUUUACCCCACUAAGAAACAUGUUUAAGAAUUAUAGUGUCUGAUAUAUGUAUGACCUUGAAAUGUUCCAACUAAUUAUAUAUUUCUAUACAUCAACAUCUCUGAAUGAGGACAUAUUUCUCCACUUUUCACUAGAGAGCUUAUCAGUUAUAUGGCCAUUGAUGUUUCCCUUAUAUUGACAUUUCUCACAAUAGGAAAGUAGUACUUGUAAUUUAAUUUUAUUAUCCAUCUACCUAUAAGCUAUAUAAAGGUAUACAUAGGUAUAUACGAGUAUGUAUAGUGAUACCAGUUUUAUGGAUUAUUUUACUAUUAUUUUAGCAUAUAUUACACUCUUUUAUCUUAUUUAGUAAAUGUUGGUAAAAUACAUAGAGAGAGACAGACAAACAGACAGACAGACAAGCACAGAAAUAGAGAAGUUGAGAGAGAAGAAUUUAUUUCUGGACUCUCUGGGCUUUCCAAAUUACUAAUUUUCUUGUUCCUUAUCAAACUCACAUUACCUUAGUUACUUUAACAUAGUAGAACUUUGCACCUGGCAUGUGUUAGAUUUUUAUAUUUCAGCUUCUCUUUGUAAAGAGUGCUUUGACUAUUCUGGGCAUCUUUACUUUUAGUUAUAAAUUUAGAAUGCAUCUAAAUAAAUUUAGAAUAAACUUAUUGUGCUCCAUAAAAUCUCCUGCUGGGAUUUCAAUUGAAUUGCAAUUAAUUUUUAGUUCUGUUCUAUAAGAAUUCCCUGAGUUCAAUGUUUAUUCUUCCUAGUAGAGAACAUAACAUUUAUCUCCAAUUAUUCAUGAUUACGUUGAUGUUUCUCAAAAAUUUCUAUUUUCUUUAUUAAGUCAUUGAACAUUUAUAGCUCAACAUACUUUUAAGCACUUUAUAAUUCCAUUGAUAUCCCACACUUUACGUUUUAUACAAAAUGUAAAUUUUAACGGAUAGCUGGCAUUGUGGAGACAUGCAAUUAGCAGAAACAUUUUGAUAUUUUAAUUUUCAGAUAUCUCUUUAAUAUUAGUCAUUUAAUUGAAUAGUCUUUGGUGUAGGAAAUAAUUGUCUACAAAUAAGCACAAUCUGCAUUUCCUUUA